UAAGCAGUUACAGAAUAUGUACAUUAAGGAAUAAAACUUUAAAAAUUUAUUUAUUUAGUUUUGUUGUUUAUUCGCAAUGAUGAGUUUAUUUGAUCGCUGCAUACUGUUGUUGCAUAUCACCCUCCACGUGACGUCAAACACCUGCAGCCAAUGAAUGCGCAGUGAGCGGGAAGCAAGAAUGGCUUACCUCAUACCACAUAAAUAUUUAUUCUGUGCUCAUACACUCGAAUUACUUUGUUUCAGAUGGUUAGGCGGGUUUUACUACUGAAGGGGAGGUAUAGGAAAGUGUUUUGGUUUUGGCCUGCAAAUCUCACCUAAGAGUUUCAUGAACUAAUAGCUAACUAGUUAACUUUUUUUUUUUUGUUUUUAACGAAGACGAGCAUUGAUUAAAGGGACAUAUCAAAAAAGAGACAAAAGAUGUGGUGAAAGAAUCAUUCUUAGAAUUGCAAUUGGUAUCCACUUCAGAACACAAUAUCAGCUACAGGAGUGAAGCAGCAGAAGAAACUCCUAAAAUUAGGGAAAAUAGCCACUCCAAUAUAGAACAUGUCCGUGAGGAUGAUAUGUCUACCGCAAAUGAAUAUGAUAGAUCUCUUGAAAUUGCUGAUGCCAACACAAAUAAACAUUCUGAAUUUCGUAUGGAAGGCAGACGAAUUAUGGACCUUUGCUAUCUUAUAGACAGCAUUAAGUCUAUUAGACCUCAUUUUCCAUUUGACUGCACAUUUUCGGACAUGAAAAUUGUCAAGGAAAAGUGGUCAGUUUUCUGCAGUGUUUUAACUUUCAAGUGUUUAAUGUGCAAUUUGGUUAAACAUGUUCGCACAGAAAAACCUGAAAAGACUGCCGAACUAAUGAAUGUCAAUGCAGCUUUAGUUGCUGGUGUUGUAACAACUGGAGGUGGCUACUCACAACUGGAAGAAAUAUGUGCUUCUGUUAGUAUGCCUUGCAUAUCAAGAGAUACAUGGCAAGUAUACCAUGGCCAGGUGUCUGAAUCCAUAAACAAGACACUUCAAGACGUCAUGAUAGAAACUGGUGCAGAAGAGUCUGAGUUGGCAAAGGCUGUUAGUGAGAUUGAAAAGGAUGGAAUCCAUCUAAUUGUGGUUGUUGCGGAUGGUGCUUGGGCUAAACUAUCAUACAAAACAAAGUAUGAUUCACUUUCUGGUGUGGGUGCCAUCAUUGGAUACAGAACUAAAAAAGUUCUUUUUGUCGGAGUUCGUAACAAAUAUUGUUCUAUUUGUGAUCGACAGUCGGAAGAAGGAAAAUCAUCAGUUAAGUCUCACAAAUGUGCCAAAAAUUGGGAUGGUCCAUCAUCAUCAAUGGAACAAGACAUCAUUGUUGAAGGUUUUUGCGCACCUUUCAACUUUUAUGUCGCAGUCGCACAGUCCUCCAGUCAGGCCCAGCUAUGAGGCUCGCAUUUCCCAAGGGCCGGGACAUGAAGCCAGCGCUCUUCACUCUCUGUUCCUUCUUUCUCGGAGCGUACCUCAGCGCAGUGUUCACAAAGCAGCCAGUUAUUCGUACAAUAGACCCUUUGACAGCUAGUAUUGACUUCCGUCGUGAGAUGGCAGACGAGUUGGAACAACUCGCAAGGGACUUGGCGGGUGCGUGGAAGGAGACUGACCCACAGUUAAUGUCUCGACUGGGUUUCAUCAUAGCACGGCUGGACCCACGCAGAGCUCUCAGCUUCUCAGAGCCCAGCAACGCCACUGCCACAGACGACACUGAGGAAGUCUGUGGCGAGGAAUACACGGGAGGAUCGCACAGCUAUCCGUUCUACCAAGAAAAUUUUCAUGUGUCUCCAUCAUGUGAUGUAACAGCGAAGCCACCUUUCCACCAUUUGGUCACAGUUCUUCUUCAUUUUGCCGACUCUAGCUCGUCAAGGGAUCUGCUACCUCGUUUGCAAGCGAUUCUGAGUGGCAUCAGUAGUUACAGAGGAGGCCUCCCUGUCGUGCUGGCUCUCUCGCCUCCCGUCCCCGAGCCGGUGUCGUGGCUGCUCAGUCGCCACGGCAACGUGACGGUGAGGCUGGUCCCGACGGGGUCGCCGGCCGGCCGGGUGUGGAACCUCCUGGUGGCCGGGGCCGGGACGCCCUACGUGCUGCUGGGGCGGGACCUGGCCCACUUCUCCGGCUUCGCGCGCCUCGAGCGGCUGGUACACGCGCUGGCCUCCGCCAGCAGCACCGUGCGUGUGGCAGGCGGUGCGUUCAGGAAUGGCACCGGCCACUGGAGGGUCGGCUGCUACCAGGCCUCUGUCAGCAAUUACCACCUCAGGUACGAGGAGGGAUACCACCACUCCUGGCAAGACUGCAUGCUGUGUGAUGCUGUUGCCGGCCCGUUCGUAGCACGCACCGAUCACUUACGACGGCUGCCUCUCGGUGAGGGCUUCAACUCUCUCACAGUCUUCGAGCACUGGUUCCUCCACAUGCGACAGCUGGGCGUCACGGCGGUGGCGUGUCCGGACUCCAUGUUCUUCACCGCAGGGGAGGAUGCCGUCGCCAGCCCUGCGUCGGCUGAAUCUCAUCGGUCGGCAUGGCUCUCCCUGGCUCGGCAAUGGGAGCUCCAGUACGUGACCUUGCCGUCCGGGCAGGAGUAUGCCUUCUCUUGUGAAGAGGCGAAGCUGUCAUGCAAUGCAUUCACCGUCACGCAAGCGUACCUUUUGCCACCAUGUUGCCUUUCCAAAGUUCGGCAAGUGUUUGCAGCUCUCGACGAAUUUGCGACCAAGCACAAACUUAAGUACGAGUUGGACUCUGGUUCCGUCCUAGGGGCCGUGAAGGUCAGGGGCUUCAUGCCUUGGGAUAUCGACGGCGAUGUGAUCUUCCAAGGCGACGGCUACGCCACGUUCUACAAGUAUCGCAAGGAGAUCCUCGAACAAGGUAUUCCGAUGGAGUCGUUCAGCCUGACUUACAAUGGUCCGGCAGGGUUUUUCAAAUUCUUUGCGUCAAGCAUAUUUAUUGAAAUGUGGGGAGUCAAAAGACUUAGCUGGUAUUUACUUCCCGAUACACUGAAAGAUAUUCCAACUCGAGUGGAUGUGAUGGGACUGUGGAUGUUGGCACCUGCAAACCCUGGACUUUACGCCAGGAAUAAGUACGGGCCCAAUUUUUUGAAGCAUGCACAUUCAUGGCGAUACCUAGGCAUGGACAGCAGUUUUUCUGCUUAUAAAAUGGUGGGGACGUGGAGGCAGUGCCCUUUAAAGCAUCACCAUGCUUGCCUUGACCUUUUCCCACCAGAUGGUAAUCUAGCUUACUAUAUACCACUUACAUGAUAAAGCUUUUAUGAUGCUUUUGUGCCUUGAUAAUAACUUUUUUUUUUACAUACAGUUUUUUUUAUGUUUUUAGAUGGUGUAUGGCAGAGCCCUCCUAUAGGCUGUGCGUUAUUGUUUGGUCAAAUAUAAGCAGCAUUUUUAAAGCACUGCCAUGACUAUAAAUCUAUAUUAGUGUCUCAAUUUUCAUACAUGGGUAAUGUGGACAGUCAGUGCUGAUAUAAAGGAUAAGCUGGUGUUGUUAGAAAACCGAUACUAAUACUUAUAUAUGUUUUAAUGAAUGUUAAAACAUUAUCUAUUUUUUUGAUUUGAUUGAAUUUCCAGAAUUAAUUUUUUAAUACCAUGCUAGUUACCUUGAAUACUAUAUACCUAUAUAAAUUCCUUAUUCCCGUGUUUGUUGUGUACAUUGUUCACAUAAAGAUAACACUUUCAUGUGAAAUACCAAAUCCAAAAUGCUUUUGGGAACAUUAGCACUGUAGUUUCUGGAUUUUUCUGUCCUCUCUUCCCUUAAAAACUGUAUUGACGGGCUGCCAGCACUGGCCUAACAAUGGCAGACUUUGAGAAAAUGUUAGCAUGUGUUGAUGCUUACGCUACAGUUGUACAAAAUCCAGACUAUCCAUCAGUAACUUAUUCAUAUAUUAUAUAGUACAGUAAGUCCUCUAUUUACGUCGUACCGAUUUACGUCGUUUCGGAUUAACGUUGCUAAUGUUUGAGUACUCAUGUUUCAAUUUAAGUUGUCGCCGAUUCACAAUAACGUAGUUUACAAUGACCGUAAAUCUUUAUUUUAACCAAAACACCGUAUAUAAUUCGUUUAUAAUUCUUUGUUUCCUUCGGUAGUUAAUUUAUGCUAUGUAGCGUAAGCUACACGUUCACCGCCUUAUCUUAUCAUACAUCAUGAGGGACGCUUCCUGCUCUUACGUACAGUAUGUACUACAUAUCUGUUUUUAUAUUUCAAUCAAUAAAGGUAAUAAAGCAGCUGGUUAAAUAACCAUUCUAUAAAGCUGAGAAGUACUAGUUGGACUUGUUUCCCACGCUGUCGGUUGUCAUUUGCUGAUAAAAUUGCCCGUUGUCACGUCUGUAUGCCAGCGCUUCCGGCCGACCUUGGGCCGUGGCUGGCCGGUGGCGUGAAACAUGGCUCAUUUUGCGUCGUUUCUAUUUACGUCGCGGUUUUCAGGAACGUAACCCCAACGUAAACGGAGGACUUACUGUAUAUUACAUACAGUUUAUUUACUGUAUUCAUCUUUGUCAACAAUUGUUGUGGUCAUGAUGUGGUCAUAACAAAUUUAAGGGUCAAUAAGGGUAUAAUUUUGUAUUUUACUCUUGAGUAAUUACCUGAAUUUUUAUCUGUAUUUUAUUAGGUUGCAGCAUGUAAAGUAUGGAAAACUAAACAUUUGAAAGGGCUUGGGCAAGCACAAAGGUAAAGUCAUUAUUUUAUUAAAAUUCUUAACCUUUAAUUGUCUGAUGUUACAAUAAAUUGCUGUAUGUGUCUUUACCUGUACAGAAUAUAAAUAUGGAACUUUAAUGUUAAUUCUUCUAUUUAGAUAUGCUUCAGACACUCUUAACAAAUAUAAAUAAAGUAUUUACCUAUAUAAGAAAUAAUAAAUAAUGUAUGAGCAAUAUUAAGAAAAGGAAAAUAUUUAGGUUAUCCUUGGCCCAAAGCAUCUUGCUUCAUUGCUGCAAUAGGCAACAUAUAUUCUUUCUUGAGUUAUAUCUUAAGAUACAGGAAGGAUUUUUUUUAGAUGUUUAUUUACAGUAGAACCCGUUUAUAGUGAACCCGCCUAUAAUGAAUUCCCGUUUAUUGUGAAUUUCCGUCUCGGUCCCGGCAAAAUGAUGUGAGGUUAUGUAUUAAUUUAUUGGAUAUAGCGCACAACUUUUGUCAAUGUUGAUACGUUUCCCCGUGUACCACGAACAAAUUUUGCCGACAUAAUGCACAUUUAUCUCAAAUAUUUUCAUAUAAUUAAAAGUAUUUUCACAAAACGUCUAUUCUGGAUCACAUUAACGUUUUUCUCCGCAAUAUGCUACUCGAUUGUCCACUGUUCAUAAUAUAAACAAGUCGUAAUCGAGUGGCCUCGGUAGGCUACGUGUAGCCAGAAAUGGUGCUCAGUUUGGUGAAAAUAAAAAUAGUUCUCCCUGCAUAGUUAAAGAAUGGGCGAACGCGUGUACAUUUAAUAAGUUAUCAAAAUUGAACAUAAAUUACCGCCACACAAAUAAGUAUGUACAUUAUAGCAGCAAAUUCAAUAUUUUUACGUCUCAUUUUUAUCGUUCACGUUUCGGACAUUUUGAUCGAGUAAGGUUCGUAAGACUACCACUAGAUAGAACUCUGUGGACAAAAUUUUUCCAUAGAAAGUAAGAAAUUUUCGUUCCAGCUUUAACAACUGCGAUACUAAAUGAUACGUAGUGAUCUUUGAUGCGCCAGACUCGUUAUUUUUCGUUUAUUUACUUUUGACGGUAAAAAGAAUUUCGUGUUAUUAAGCUGCAAAUGUGCUUCAAUAAGAAAUACGUACAUAAAAAAGGGUGAAAAACGCGUUAAAAAACGUAAGGCAUUAUCUGUGCGAGAUAAACUGGACAUUAUUAAAAAGGUAGACUCCAACCCCACUGUCCCGCACGUGUUAAUAUCAAAGGAACUGGGAAUUGCAACAUCCACAUUAAAUACAAUAUUAAACAAGCUGAACAAUCUUCUUUCUCAAGCUGCGAAUACGUCACAGAGUAUUAAACGCCUGAAAAAGGGAAAAUACGCCGAUGUCGAAGAACCAUUAAGAGAAAGUUUGUACAUGUGUAGUGUAUUAAAAAUAAUAUCUGCAUUUGCUCAUAAAACUGUUGCUUUGAGUAUUUCCAUUCGUUCUUUUCUUGGCUUAGGCCUAUGUGUAGUUAAGAUUAUGCUUUUGAGUAUGUAUUGCCAAUAUAAAAGUUUUCCCAGAUAUAAAGUUUCCCCUCUAUAGUGAACAUAUAAACUGCUCCCUUCAGAUUCAUUAUAACAGGGUUCUACUGUAUGUAUAAUUUAUUAACAAAGAUCUCUGCUUAAUUAGUAUAUUUUCUAUUGACAAUCCAAGUGUCAGUUGAAGAUACAGACGACUGCUUUUUAAUGUAUUACACUACAGUAACAAUAUUAUUUUAUAAUGGUCGUUAUUUGUUUGUAUUGUAUUUUUAUUUCACACAGUGGCUUUUACUUAAUCAGGUAUGUGUUUGUAUGAACUGUUUCCUUGUAUUUUUUAUAUAUACAUAUAUAUAUAAUGCUUUGGUAGCUAAGUGUGCAAAGGUUGCCAAAAUCUUAAGUAUACUGGUUGUUUUAAUGCAUUGCAAGCUUGUUCCUAUUCAUGAAACAAAAAUGUAUCCAUCCUGUUUAGUGGAAGUGAGUAAGACAGGCUGUGUUGAACAUGUAAGUUUUAAAUAUGCUUUAACUGAAGGUUUAUACUAGUUUAAGUGGAAUGCUUAGAUUCUUCUCAACAAAUACCUAUACCUUUUAUUAUAAUUUUUAAUAAGUUUAUUAUAGCAUAAACAUAAUGAACCUUUAUAGGCAUUAUUUCUUUUACUAGUACAUGUUGGUUGACAUAAAUUAUGUAUUAUGUAAAUUAAAUAAAAGUAUAAAACAAAUUAUUUUUGAUUAUAUUUACAUAUAUAACUAAAAAUGACAGUUAAACAAGAUUAAUUAUAAUAAAAAGUAGCGAUCAGAAUUUUACUCGCUGUAUAACAGAGCUGGUUUUUACACUAUAAACCCCAAGUUUUGAAUACAGUAGUGUCUAUAUUAACUGAGGCUCUGUAUUAUCCAAGCUGACUUGGUGCCAUUACAAGUAAAACUAUUGAAACAUUUGCUUGAUGUUACCCAACUGUUGUCAAAAGUUUAAAUAUAAUUAACUUCAAAGAUGUCAUUUACUGGUCGGGCAAAUCAUGGAGUGACAUUAAAGAAUCUACAUUGAAGAAAAGCUGGAGAAACCUCCAAAAUGUUAUACCUCUGGGCCAACUGCAAAGUGCAAACCAAGACGAUUUUCUCAUUCUAUCUGUGUUAUCCGAAAUUUUGCUCAUCCAAUGUUACCGUGGUCCACAUUAUCUCUGUUAAUCAAGAUUAUACAGUACACCUCGGACUCGCAUACCGUGAACAAUUGGUUCCGAGAAAUACUUGCGCUAAGUGAAUUCGCGUUACGCGAGUUCGGCUAUCCCCGUUAUUAACAAUGUUAUUUUCAAUAAUGAAACAUGGCACAACUGUUUGGGCGCACACACACCAAGUUACCUUUGAGUUUUCCCCUAAAUUCUUACGUGUGUCUGUUUAAAAAAAAAAAAAACCCUGAAACAUAAAAAAUGAACUCUUAAACACACAUGACAGAAGUUGCAAUUGCUUUACAUAAAUGGAAAGAUUAACGUAGAUCGUCCAGAGAAAAAGCGAAUGUGGAUGUAGUUGCUUCUUCCUCCACGAGUGAAAAUGUAAACAAGCUGUCUUUGUGUUCGAGUACAGCAGGGGGUGUAUCAACUUCCUGACCAGAAGUGGGAGGGGUAGCUGGCGUGUCACAACCUUCAUCUUCUCUUUCCCAAGCCGGCGCCGUCGCCUCCUUCACAAGGUCUGCUCUUUUGGAAGUCGAUGCAGGCGCAAAAAAACUUUCUAGCCGUGUUUGUGUUUUACUUUUUUUUUGUGUGUUCGUACAAGUCUUUUUACACCUGACAUACCUUAUCGAUUUCUUUUUUGAAGUUGUCACUUCUUUCUUCAUUAGGAUCAUUCUCCUCUACAAUCGUACAAGCUUCAUUUAUUUUGCAAAAAAAUGUAGCCAGAUCUGUUGAUGUGAGGACUCGUUCAGCUCUAGGUGACAUGUCUUCUGUUGCUUCCUGCUCUGCACGUCUCACCUCAUCCUGUCCAAUAAGUUCUUGUGCGGUCAGUUUUACAUCAUGGGAGUUAAUGUGUUCAUUCACAUCUGUUGUGUCUAUUUCUUCAAAUCCAAGUUUUUUGUCCAUAUCUACUACAUCCUCUGCUAUUUCCUCUAGCCGACUCAACUGGCUCAAAGCCAGGGAAUUCCUCUCUAAAGAAUGGACACAGCUUCUUCCAAACACCACUUAGACAAGAUUGUUUCAUCUCAUCCCAGCUUGCAGAGAUGUUAUCAAUGGCAUUUUUUAUGGAAUACGACUUCCAAAAUUCUUUCAGUGAUGGUUUCCCUUCCCCAUCCGUCGCUUUGAUUGCUUGCAGAAAAGUGCGUCGUAAAUAAUAUGCUUUGAAUGUUGCAAUUGCCCCUUGGUCCAUAGGCUCCAUCAAAGAGGUUGUGUUUUUAGGCAAAAAUACCACCUUAAAAUUUUUGUUCAGGUCUGUCAGGUGAGUUGGCUGGCCAGGAGCAUUGUCUAGAAUCAUCAAUGCUUUGUUAUCAAGGUUGUUGUCUUUGUUGUACUUUGUAACAUCAGGUACAAAAUGUUUGGUAAACCAAUCUGUGAAGACAGCCUGUGUAAUCCAUGCUUUACGAUUUGCCUUCCAGAUUACUGGCAAAUGUGGUUUUGAGCAGCCUUUGAGUGCUCUAGGAUUUUCGAAGUGGUACACUAAUAAGGGUUUUAAUUUAUAAUCUCCCGUUGCAUUAGUGCCAAGCAGAAGUGUAAGCCUAUCCUUGGAAGCCUUAAAUUCGGGGACAGUCUUCUCCUCUCUUGAAAUGUAAGUCCUGUCAGGCAUUUUCUUCCAAUAUAGACCUGUCUUGUCUGCAUUAUACACUUGUUGAGGACUGAAGCCUCCCUCGGCGAUGAUGUCUUCUAGAAUGCUAGGAUAUGAUGCAGCUGCAACUGAAUCAGCACUAGCUGCUGCUUCUUUUUUUUUAAUACAGUGCAUAUUGUACCUGUCUAUGAACCUUGAAAACCAUCCUUUACUUGCUGUAAACACUUCACUACUAUCGGGGUUCCUAGGUUUUUAAGCAGUAAAAAUGUCUAAUGCUUUCUUUUUUUUUUUAUGACGCCCGAUUUAAUACCACACUUAUCUUUGCUGUGAUUUUUUUCAAACACCCAUUCACUGAGCAGUCUUUUCAGUGUGAAUCAUGAUCGGUGUUAGGUUCCGCACUCUCACCUCCAUGGAUGUUAAUGCAUCAGAUGACAACAGUUUCUCCUGUUCACUUUUAUUUUUGAUAAUGGUCCGUACCGUAUAUUCACUUAGGCCUAAUGCGCGACCAAUUGCAAAUUGCACUGUUGCCUUCAUGGUUUUUAGAAUGCCGUACAAUUUCCAACUUCGUUUCUAAAGAAAUACCUAGUUUUUCUUUUUGCUACCACUUUAUCAGACUGUACUUCUUUUGCACGUUUCAUAAUUAUUACAUAUGUACUGCGAACUUUACCACGCACAACAACAAAAUGACUAGCUGAUUAUAAAGUGUACAACAAAACAAAGCUUGACGAUAACUAGUAUAUCUACAGUCGCCUGGGAAGCGCUUUGAGUCAUGAAAAACGACACACACACGUGGCGGGCGGGUAAGGUAAUAUGAUAGCUGAGACGGCUUUUUCCUGCGAUAGUUGACGCGCUGAGCUUGGCUAAACACUGCCCGAGCGGCAUGCACACAAUAUAUCCGACAAUGCGGCGACACCCCACGGCAGUAAAUUUAUACCAAAAAAUUAAUUCUCACCAUGCGUUAUGCGGGUUUUUAUUUCGCACUAUCUGAAACCAUUCCACUAAAAUUGUUCUUGCGUUAUGCACAUUCGCGUUAAUUGAACUUGUGCUAUGUGAGUCGGAGGUGUAAUACUAUCCACUAUUAAGUCAACCCAACAUGUGCUAAAUUGAGUAUCUAAGUACAAAGAAUUUGAAUUAUUGGUAAAGAUUUUACAUACAAUAAAAAAAUAUGAACUUAUAGAACAAGUUAAUCAUUUGAUGUUUGUUUACACGUUCAUAAGUGAUCAUUGUAUCAAAAUAUAAAA